UGUGAGAGCUGUGAUUGGUCACAGCUUGUCACAUGGUACAAGGCUGCUGUGAAUAGCCCUGUACCAUAUUUCACUAGUAGUAAGCAAUGAUGUCAGAAGUGACAUCUUACUGACCUAUUCAUGUGAUUACUGAUUGGCCAAUCAGUGAUCACAUGAAUUGGGACCUCACACAGAGGUCCCGUACAGCAAUCGGAUCGGUGCCGAGCGCUCCCAGGGAGCGCACACAAUCCAAAAUGGCGGGCGCCGUUUAUGAACGGCAACUCUCCCCUGCACUGCCACCAUCCAGCCGUUUAUAUACAGCGGCCGGACGGGAAGUGGUU